ACCCUUCCACUCUCCUCUUCACCUACCCAAAGACCAAAUCUGGAAAAAGUAACCAAAAGGGAGGCCCACAUCAUAAACAAAACAGGGAAAGCGGGAUGGUGUUGAAAUAAUUUAAGGGUUGGCCAGAUGCAGCGGGGCAUGGAAUGAACAAUAAGAGGUUAAAUUGAUGGAUGACCAACAAGAUAAGGAUUGUGCCUCAGAAGACCAUGAAACUAUCCUGAUUAAUGGGGUGAAAGAAAAUGAAUCACAUGACCCAGACAGUGAUGAGAAGCCUUGCACUGCUGCAGAUGCUGCGGUUACUUUUUCAGCCUUGACAAUAGCUCAGAAGGAAAAUCAAGUGUGCCACCGAGUGCUGCCUCCUCUGACUUCAAAGAAGCCCUGUUUGUUGAGCCCUCCUUCUCCUCUGAGACUCACUGAUGUACCUGAGCACACUUCAGAUGACUCGUCCGCACACGCUAUUUCUCUUACAUCUUGUGUUACAAAGGGCAUGAGCUCCUGGUCUCUGCCAGGCGAUUGUGAGAAGGCUCCAUUCACAAUUAUGGAGCCCGGAGGCAUGUCAGCUCUGACUGGUGACUGCUUGAUGCAGCCAAGCCGGACCUGUCUAGGCUGCUUUAUUGAAUCAAAGGACGGCAUUGAUGCAGAGCCGGGAAUAAGCUUGAAAGUGGGUGAUAUAAAUAGGGAUUAUGACACCUGUUCAGUCUCUGAUAUAGGGAUUCACUGCAUGAGCACAGGAGAAACCAUGAGAUAUGGGGAUCAACUGCUUUCAGACCAGCUUUUAAGCUUCCCUAUGCAUAAAUCGAGGGCAGCAGACAAAAGAGAUGCAGAGAAAUCUGACAGUGAUUCAGAGGACCCCACUCAGAAAAAUUAUUACGAGGGAUUACUAUCAGACAAAUGCAAUGGUGAAGAACCUUUGCUAACAAAUCCCAACCAGGAGUGGGGCUAUUUCGAAUCUUUCAUUAGUGAAAGUAAAAUUGAGCUGCUUGACCUUUGCUCCAAAAAUGAGCUUUCUGUAAACCUGUUUUCUGAGGAAGACGUGGAUAAUUACAUGUUUGAUGAUGAUGAUUCAACCUUGGGAAGUGACGUCUGCUCCUUAAAGAUUAGAUAUGAAUCUUUCCAAGACAACGUGAGGGAGAAGACCAAUGCCCUGCAAGAGGAUGCCCAGUUCAACUUCUUUCCCAGCGUGUUUGGCAACUGCACUAAAAGGGACAGCAAGAGCACCCUGAAGAGGGGGGCUGGUGGUGGUGCUGACCCUUCCCAAUUCAAAUCCGAAGAGGGCAUCAUUUGGGGGGAGGAAGAGGAGGAUGGAGAGGAGGAGGACGGGGAGGAGGAGGAGAAAGCUGCCUUAAAUAAAACUUGCAACAGUACAGAGGUGGUGCAAUAUAUAGGCUCUAAAAGGAGCCACUUCUUGGACUCUGUGAAUUCCACAGAGGACUCUGGGGAGUUCAGCGAUGACAGCACCUGCACGGAGUCCUCGGAUGACGUGCUGCGGGAUAUAAAGGACUGUAGCAGGUAUCUGUCCAGGGAACAUUCCAAUUCCUUCAUUCAGCAGAACUAUGGGCUGCGGGCAAAGAGGAAAGUGCGAUACAGCGAUGAUUAUUUGUACGAUGUGGAUUCCAUUGAGAGUGAGAAGAUUCUGGAUAAGAAAGAGUGGCUCCCGGACGGACCCAAAGAGGAAGAUGACGAUGAAUGGUGCCCAAAGAAAAGGCGAAAAGUCUCUCGCAAGGAGCCCCCAGUUAUCAUCAAGUACAUCAUCAUUAACAGAUUUAAAGGGGAGAAGCAUAUGCUGGUGAAGCUUAGUAAAGUCGAUGCCAAUGAGACAACUGUUACCCUAAGUGAGGAACUGCUCAGCAAGUAUGAAAAACUGGCCCCACUGAAGGGCUUCUGGCAAGAGAGGCAGCAGAGCCGGAUGGAUUAUCUUAGAUCAUCUCUCUAUCACAAACAGAAUUUCUAUCUUAAUGGCUCGGAUGUCUCAUUCCUCCCUCACCCAAGAAAGCGAAAAUGCAAACUAGCAAACAGGCACAGGAUUCAAAGAAUUAAAGCCAUUGAGCAAUCAGUGAACAAACUGGGCUCCUGUUCCUCUGAUCAGAAGCAGCCUUGCAGCAGUAAAGAGGAUGCAGGCCUGAAAGGGAUGCAGACAUUAGCCAUCGCUACCCCCAGCUGUGCAAACGGAUUACAUUUAAAUGACAUCACAGGCAUUGCCUCAGUGAAGUACAAAUCACAGGACAGGGAAUAUAAGGGGACAGAGAGGAAAGUGCUACGCCGAAUCAAAUUCAAAAGUGAAGCCAGGUUGAAAUGCAAGAAAAUCAAAGCUGCCACAAAUACGGGAGAAAUCGCCCCUGCUUUGGAAAAUCAGGACACAGCAGCUAGUUUGAAGGAUGAAAAUAUUCCUUGUGCUUCAGACAGCUCCCAUAUUUCUGAGUGCCAUGAGGAUAAGGUUGCUAAAAAUUCUACUUUCCUGCCAGCCACUUGCUCUCCGGACAAGCCUCUACCACCUGCUAAUAUCACCACCAAUGUACCCCUGAUCCCCGGUGGGUAUCUGCAGACAUUGUUAGACGCUUCUGAUUUGUCAAGUAACACUGGUAUCUCAUACUUCACCCAGCAUCCCCCUGAACAGCAGCAUUCCCUUCCAAGCAUUGUUCAGGCAGAAAAGCAGUUCUCUGCUCUGCAGACAGCCCAGAGUUGUGUGCUGUCCCCGCCUUCUGAAUCUGAACUGCAGCAGUCACCUGGCCACUUAGAAAUUGAGCAGAGCAACUUCAAUAGCAUGUGGCCAGCAAACAAGGCUGCCAGCAGCAACCAUCAGGAAUUUGCAAGUGACAUGAGGGAGGCUUCUGCAUUAUCAAAUGAGUUUGGUGGCUCAACAGGAGCAGACAACCUCCCAGCCUCUGGAUACAGUCAAGUAAAUCUGAAUAGCAGCAAAUUGCUAUACCAAAAAAAAUAUGUGCCGGAUAACCAACAAGUGCAGUCUGAUGAUUCUUAUCAGUCAUGUCAUUUUAAUAAUGGAGAGGGGCGCUUUCAUUUCCAACGAGGUACACUAAGUACAGAUGAUGGCAGACUCAUUAGUUUUGAUUCAGUGGGCUCAUUGUCAGUUAGUUCGAGCAAUUACAGUUCUUUAAGUCUAAAGUCUUGUGAAAAGGACGGCGAAGAUGAUAUUAAUGAUGAUUUCUUGGCCCACUGCAGUCCCAAGCUAGUGAUCCAACAAAGCAUAGAUGAAAUAACCCCUUUGAAAGAGUCUACGGACCUUUUAGACAUCUCCAACUUCACACCUGAUAAGUUCCGUCAGUCAUCGCUUUCGGAAAUGUCUCCUCCCGACACCCCCAACCUUUCCCCUCAGAUAACCGUGUCAGAUACCAAAUCGCUAGGCAAUCUGAAAGGUUUUCAGGAGACCACUCAGACUGUGCUAAGCAAUACUGAUAAGGUCAAGUGGAACUGUGGGGUUCUCCAGACCCAAGAUCAGGCAGAUAAUGGGUUUACUUUAAAUAAUCAUCAGUUUCAGUUCCAUAUGUUCAAUGAUGAAGAUUCUGUUAGCCUCCUUGAAAAAAGUCCAUGCUUGUCAACAUUUAAUGAGCCAUCUGGUCAAAUUAGCACCAAUAGCAAAGUGUCAAAAUCUAAGAGGAAAAGUUCAUCCAGCAAGAAUGUAGGUACAAACCAAAGUUCUCCCCAGAAAAACACUAGGAAAAAAUCUCCUAAAACUAACAAAGGAACUGAUAAACCACAAAGUAAGAAUUCCAGGCAGACUCCCAAGUCAACAAGGAAAGGGAAAAAUGCAGCUGGAGUCAAUGGUGAAAAGGCUCAAGCAGUUGGCAGCAGGACAGUCAAUCAGUUAAAUAAUACAGCCUCAACAACAAAGGCACUAGCUGAAUGCAUUCAGCACCGCAGCCCGACCUCUGUAAAGAUAGGGAAGCAUAAUGGACUAUCUGGUGAAUGGUCACUAAGAAAAGACAAUAGUACAGGCUGGUCCGAAACUAGCAUAGCAAACACUAACAACCUCCUUGAUGAUGAUCAAAGGGAAUUUGAGGAACCUUCCAAUAUUUUAUCUAACAUUGCAUCUGGAAUGGCAGAUGUUCAGAGAUUUAUGAUGGCCUCAAUCGAACCCUUAUGGGGGCCUGUAGGCCACAACAGCGUCCCAGACAUAUUCCGGUCGCCUGAAUCUAACAGCCUGAAAUUGAAAACUCUUAAAAUUUUGGCAGGGACAUCACAAGAGUCCAAGAAAAAGGGAAAUGGUAAUUCCCCGGGAACUGCGAAGAAUCACAAGUCAAGCAACAAGGGCUCAAGCAAAAAUAAUGGCAAAGCCACAACUUGUGAUCCCAGUCGCCCCAACUGUUCAACUGGGUACAAUAUAGACAUUCACUCUCCCUUUUUUGAUAAAAGCUAUAGUAACCUGAGCACUUUAGGCAAUAAUGGACCUACCCAUAAAAAGCUGUACCGUCAUAAAUCAAGUUCGAAAUCACUGAGGGAUGAGAACUGUAAAGUAAAGCGAACAGACCGUGAACAGAACCAUAAGGACCCAUCUGUGACAGCUUCUUUUGAAAAACUGAGGGAAUCAGACUACAUUCUUCUUAAAGCAGAAACAACAUUUUUGGUUUUACCUGUGUUUGAAGAAGAGACUCCUUUUUCUAGAAAGACGUUUGAUGUUUGGUUUUUUUGGUUUUUGUUUGUUUCUUUCAAAAUAUGCCUUGUGGUAUGUUGAAAUGUAAGUGCUGAAAUGAAGAGUUUGAAAUUGUGGGAAUUUAUUCUUUGAAAGCAAACCUAAUCUGGUAUUCUCUGUGAAAGACUUUUAAAAGUCAUACUGUUGUACAGUAGUUUAUGCACUAUUACCCACAACAACAACAAAAAUUGUGCCAAACUAUGAACAAGUGACUGUAUUGUACAUAUUUUUACUUCUCUAUCAACAUUGGGUUGUGAGUGUUUUCUGGAACUAUGCCUUUUGAUUUACUAUAAACAUUCCAGUGAUUAUGUAUUAACCACCCCCUUUGGAAGCACCUGUAACUCACAGUGAAAAUGAUGUUGUUCACUUAUACAACUUACCAAAAGUUUGAUGGACAUAACUAAAAGUGUGCCAAAUUUACUUACCUCAUUUCAUGGAUUUGCCCUGUGGUUUAAA